UUUCAAUUUUUGUAGGUCUCAGAGCGACUAUAAAAUGCAUGCACACGGCCAUCUCUCUUCGUCCACUCUCUCUGCUCCUCUAAUGGGUUCGCUUGUUCUUCAUCUUCCCCUUAGAAUCGCAUUUCUCUCAACAAUUUUCUCUCUCCUAACUUACCAAGUUCACCCUGUUUCUCUCUCUAACCUCUCUCAUCCCCAACUCGAAUCCCUCUGCAAAUCCACUCCUUUCCCUUCUCGUUGCUUUGACACACUAAAACUCUCCGUCUCCAUCAAUCUACCCAACAUCUUAGACUUAGCAAAACAAACACUCCAAAAUGCAUUAUCAGAGGCCACAAAAACCACAAAUCUCGUUAUGGGUCUGCGCCAAUAUGGCCUUGUAGAGAGAGAAAGAGGAACCAUCCAGGAUUGUCAAGAAUUGCAUCAAAGAACACUAGAUUUCCUCCAAUCCUCACUGAAAAUUGGAAACCCGAAACCCGAAAACCUCAACAAAAUAAGAACCCUUCUGAGUGCAGCUCUCACCAACAAGAACACAUGCUUCGAAGGCCUAGAUUCGGCCUCUGGCUCGAUAAAACCCACUCUCAUGUCCAAACUAAACUCCAUGUAUGAGCUAGUUAGCAAUUCCUUGUCCAUGUAUUCUAACCCCUCGAAAAGCCAAGGUCGCCAAGGUCGGCGGCUCUUGGAGGACUCGGGGCGUCGGAAAAGUGGUUUUCCGGCCAGAUUUUCCCGGAAAAGAGGUUUUCCGGCAUGGUUAACCGGCAAAGAUCGCCGGAUUUUGCAGAGCUCUCCAGGUGAUGGUUAUGAUAGCGGUGAUAUUUUGAUAGUGGCAAAAGAUGGGAGUGGAAAUUACAGUAGUAUAAUGGAGGCCGUGAAUGCAAUGCCUAAUAAUCGUUUGGACAGGUUUGUCAUUUUUGUCAAAGAAGGGGUGUAUGAGGAGAAUGUUGAGAUAGCGAGCAAUAAACAAAACCUCGUUAUGAUGGGAGAUGGGAUUGAUGUAACGGUGAUCACGGGGAGCAGGAGUGUGGGGGAUGGGUGGACUACUUUUCGAUCUGCAACGGUAGCGGUCAUGGGCGAUGGGUUCCUCGCACGUGACAUAACAUUCGAAAACACAGCCGGCCCUGAGAAGCAUCAAGCAGCGGCUCUUCGCGUAAAUGCCGAUAUCUCUGCCUUCUUCCAGUGUUCUUUCAGAGGCUACCAAGACUCUCUUUACGUGCACUCGCUCCGGCAGUUCUACCGAGAAUGCGAUAUAUAUGGCACAAUUGACUUCAUCUUUGGUAAUGCAGCUGUUGUCUUCCAAGGUUGCAGUAUCAUCUUAAGGAAGCCCAUGGAAGGCCAAUUCAAUGCAAUCACUGCACAAUCUCGAGAUAUACCUGAUGAAAGCACUGGAAUGUCCAUACAGAACUGCACAAUUGAGCCUGAUUCUGACCUAGCUAGCAACCCAGGGUCGACUAAGAACUAUCUUGGCCGGCCUUGGCGCGUGUACUCUCGCACAGUUUACUUGGAGUCGUAUAUCGAUAGGCUCAUUGACCCGGCAGGCUGGACUAAGUGGUCAGGUGAUGAAGGGCUCGACACAUUAUACUAUGGGGAGUACAGUAACUAUGGUCCAGGUUCUGGAACAGAUAACCGGGUUUCGUGGUUGGGUUUCCACAAAAUGGAUUACUCUGAUGCAAGUAAUUUCACAGUAUCGGAGUUUAUCGAUGGCGAUAAUUGGCUCGUCUCGACGUCAUUUCCAUAUGAUGAUGGGAUUUAGACAAAUCUGCAUCAGAGUAUCCUUUUCUUUUCUUUCUUCCAAUUUCUCUCACUCUAUUUGUUCCAUUUUUAGUGAAACAGGUUUUUAUAUCUUUUUGUUAUAUUACUAGCCCUCUUCCCUCUUAUUUGGAUGCUUAAGUUUGUGUAUUGUAAGAGAUUGGGCUUGGGUCAAGGCGGUAGCAGCUGGAUUUUUAUAGCACUAUGUCUCAAGUUCCAUCCUUAUGUAACCGUGUCAAAAUUCCAUCCUUAUGUAACCUUGUCAAAAAAAAAAAAUGGCAUUACAAUUCAAAUUAGCAGAUGUUGUCAUAAUGGCAUUACAAUUCAAAUUUGCAGAUGUUGUCAUCCUCUAUAAACAUGUCUAAUGACAUAGAAAAUGAGUUGUAUAUUUU